AUGAUUCCAAGAGCUUUGUCAGUGGCUGAGCCUGAAAAGCUCAGAGGAGGCAAACCUUUAGAAACACCAGGAACUGAAGAGAAGGAAACACAGAAAAAGGACAAGACAAGAAAGGAAAGAAGGAAAUGUGGACAGUAUCUCUAUGCCCAAGGUGAUAAAAAAGGAGGGAAGAAAUGGCCAGCAGCAAAACCCUCCUAUUUGAACUCCUCCUUUUUAACCCUGCACAGCGGCGUGGUUUACCAGGACAAAAACGCCACGGCCCAGCGAAUAUCCUCAGCCAGGCUGCACAAAAUCAAAGAGCUGAAGAACGAAAAAUUCGACUUGCAGAGGAGAGUGGAGGCGUCGAGCUUGGAGAACCAGGCUCUGAGAGAGCUGAACCGCCGGCAGGGCAGGGCCAUCGACAGGUACAGCAGCGCCGAGAGCCACCUGCAGGAGCUGCUGGCAGGACACAGGAACGACAUGAGAGACCUCAGGACACUCCUGAAAAUGUCCCAGGAGGCCGAGAAAAACACAGCCAGGGAGCUCAAAAGAGUUGAAGCGGAGCUGAGGAGAACUGAAAGUGAUCUGAAGACCUUGGUUGUGCUGUCAGAAGAUAAAGCUCUGGCAGAGAGGGAGGAACUUAACCACAGGCUGGCAGUCCUGAACAAAACAUUGGAAGCAAAGGAUGAGAGGAUACAGAGUCUGGAAAUGCAGCUGAAGCUGAACAACAGCACCUUUAGUCGUCAGCUGGCAAGUGAAAGUAAAAAACUUCUGGAAGCUACAAUGACCACAAAGAACUUGCUAAUGGAAAUUAACAUCAUUCACCAAAAAAUUAAGGAAAAAGAUCGACAACUUUAUGUACAAAAUAUUUAUGCAAAUCGGAUGCCAAAAGCCCUGAGGGACAGAAGUGACCAAAGUCUGAGAGUAGACAGAUCAGCACAAGUAGAUAAAGAGACUUUUAGAGAACUGCUGCUGUCUCAGCACCAGGAAACAGAAAAACAUCCAAUACAGCUGAAAAAGGAGAAAAGAGGAGAUAAGAGUAGAGAAGGUAAAGCAAAGGACUUGUGCUCAGAUGCCCAGGGUAGAAAAGAAAAGCAAGCAACCAAGAAGGUGUCAAUGCCAGAAGUUUCUAACAGGACCCACAGAGGUGGCAAACUACUGAUGAAGGAACGCAAUUUUUCAGAAUUCAUUAAAGAAAUGGAAAAAGAGACAGAGUUUCUCGAACAGGAGUUAAAAAGUCUGAUGAAAUCUGAACAAAAUCCUCAAAGUGACAGAGUAAAGAACAAUCAAGAGGGGGAGGCAGUGGAAGAAGUUGAAAAAGAAGAGAAAAAUCCAUAUGAGCAGCAAAAGAAGAAAGCCAGGAGUGAAGGUGCAAUUCCAAGCAAAGACCUCGCUAGGCAGAAAAAAAAAUUCAUCUCCUCAGAAGCUGUGGAGAAUUUGCACCAGGGGCUCCACACUUCAGGUGCCAAAUCCAGAGCAGGCAGCCCGACACAGGCAGGCCAGAGCUGCAGGGACACUGCUGAGGGCAGGGUAAAAAUUUCCUUUGGGGCUUAUGAACCUUCUUUUGGGCAAAUCCCCCUGGCUGGGCAGGACAGCAGCUCUGGAGUGCAGGGCUGCAGCCACCUGCUGCCUUCUGAGAGGAAAACACCUGAGGGAGCUCUCUGGGCAAGGCUGUUUGCAAGGAGACAAGCCCUCGAGUUCCAGCAGCACAAGGGGGAUGGCAGACCAGUGAGGGUUGCAUGGCAAAUCCCAAACUCCAACUCUCCUCAUUAA